ACAACCCAACUCCAGCUCCAUUCCACUCCACACUCUUUCAAUCUCACAAGCACACAUACAUCCCGUGAUCAACGCUCCAUAACCCACCACGUGUCCCUCCUCAUCUUCAACAAAAACCCUUCACUCUCUUUUCCUUUCACUCCAUUUCACUUUCCAAAAAACCCAAAAAACUCAAAACAUCAAACAAUGGCAACAACAAAAACAUCCUCAACAAAAUCAAAAACAACAUUGUUGCCAUUGUUCUUAAUAUUUUUAAUUAACCUUAACCUCUCCGAAUCAAAACUAACAUUAGAUUUUUACAAACAAACAUGUCCACAAUUUGAUGAAAUCAUUCAACAAACAGUAACAUCAAAACAGAUCCAAUCACCGACAACCGCCGCCGCCACACUCCGUCUCUUCCUCCAUGACUGUCUCCUCCCUAACGGCUGCGACGCCUCCGUCCUCCUCUCCUCCACCCCCUUCAACAAAGCAGAACGCGACAACGACAUCAAUCUCUCUCUUCCCGGCGACGCUUUCGACCUCAUCGUACGUAUCAAAACCGCACUGGAACUUUCUUGUCCUAACACCGUUUCUUGCUCCGACAUCCUCGUAACAGCAACACGUGAUCUCUUAGUAAUGCUUGGUGGUCCUCACUUCAAUGUUUACCUCGGCCGUCGCGACGGCCGAAGUUCAGUCUCAACCGCCGUGAACAAUUUUCUACCGAAACCAACUAUGCCAAUGUCGCAGAUCAUCGACAUUUUCGCGAAAAGAGGUUUUACAGUUGAAGAAAUGGUUGCUCUUUCUGGUGCUCAUACAGUUGGAUUCUCUCAUUGUUCUGAAUUCACUGCAGAUAUAUACAACAAUUCUUCGAAUUCGGGUGGUUAUUCGUCUUAUAAUCCUCGAUUUGUUGAAGGAUUAAAGAAGGCUUGUGGUGAUUAUAAGAAUAAUCCAACUUUAUCUGUUUUUAAUGAUAUUAUGACACCAAAUAAAUUUGAUAAUGUUUAUUUUCAGAAUUUGCCUAAAGGUUUAGGGGUUUUGAAAUCUGAUCAUGGUUUGUUUAGUGAUAAUUUAACUAAACCUUUUGUUGAAAGAUUUGCUGCGGAUCAAGAUAGAUUCUUUAAGGUUUUUGCUAGUUCUAUGCAGAAGCUUAGUCUUUUGGGUGUUAAGACUGGUAGGAGAGGUGAGAUUAGAAGAAGAUGUGAUCAAAUUAAUUGAUUUUGUGUUGUUUGGGUUUGUUCUUGGGAUUUGAUCUUGAUCUUGAUUGUAAUUUUUGUGUUUGAGUUUCAUAAAAAUGUAAACUUUGUUUUAUUUGAUCCUUUUUAUAUAUAAACUUUCUAUUUAUUUAUUUUUUAGAAUGUUAUAUCCGGUCUCAUAUAAAAGUAAAGAUUCUUUUUUCAUGUUCAUAGAAUAACUGAUAUAUUUGAUCUAUAAUAUGAACUAGAUAUAUCAGUUAUUCAAUAAACUUAAAUAAGAAAAUUUUGCUCAUGUAUAAGACAGGAAAUGAGUAGACAGGAUAUUGGGAGCUGGUUGAAAUGUAGAGAGCGUGGUGGAGAAUGGUGGUCUGUGAGGUCUCUGGUAGUGUGGUGUACAUGCAAGUGCAAGUAUUUUGAAGCUCAUUGCAGAUGAAUGCGUACAUUGCUUAUGCGCAUUGCAGAUGAAUUCAGUAGUGAGGUGAUUUGACGGAAAAAUUCAUGGCGGCUUGAAUUUCAUCGUGAUAUGUCGUUUGAUUGAUCACAUUGAUUGUUUGUUGAGCCUUUGAGAAGUUUGACAUGCGGAUUCGGUGUUGCUGUUGCCGUGCUGAGAUUCAGUUGAGAUGGUUUCUCAGUUCAGGACAAUUAUAUGAUAAUUAUAGAUAUUGUAUUCCUCUUGUGUGUGCAUGAAUUUGAUGUUUUAAGCUCAAUUAUAUACAUACAUAAUUAUUCUAUGUGAGCUGUGCUGUAGUGUAUGAAGGCUUGGCAUUGUGUUGUCAAAUUUAAUAAAAGUUCUCUUUUUUAUUCUUA